GUAUUUUCUAUCCUCCAGGCGUAUUCUGUUUAUGAUGAAGAAAUCGGUUACUGUCAAGGGCAGUCCUUUCUUGCUGCUGUGCUGCUAUUACACAUGCCAGAAGAGCAGGCGUUCAGCGUGCUGGUCAAGAUCAUGUUUGAAUACGGUCUCAGGGAGCUCUUUAAGCAGAACUUUGAAGACCUGCACUGCAAGUUCUUCCAGCUGGAGAGACUCAUGCAGGAAUGCAUUCCAGACCUGUACACACACUUCCUGAACUUGGGUUUGGAGGCGCACAUGUACGCCUCCCAGUGGUUCCUCACACUCUUCACAGCCAAAUUCCCUCUUUACAUGGUCUUUCACAUCAUAGAUCUUCUGCUGUGUGAGGGCAUCAGUGUCAUUUUUAAUGUGGCUCUUUCAUUAUUGAAGACAUCUAAAGAUGAUCUGCUGCAGACGGAUUUUGAGGGUGCACUGAAGUUUUUCCGAGUGCCUGUGCCCAAGCGCUAUCGCUCUGAGGAAAAUGCUAAGAAGCUCAUGGAGUUAGCAUGCAGUAUGAAGAUCAGCCAGAAGAAGCUGAAGAAGUACGAGAAGGAAUAUCACACCAUUCGCGAGCAGCAAGAACAGCAGGAAGCGCCGAUCGAGAGAUAUGAGAGAGAAAACCGGCGGCUACAGGAAGCCAACAUGCGACUGGAGCAGGAAAAUGACGAUUUGGCUCACGAGCUGGUCAGCAGUAAGAUUGCCCUGAGGAAAGAUCUGGACAACGCUGAGGAGAAAGCAGACGCGCUCAACAAAGAGCUUCUCAUCACUAAACAGAAACUGGUGGAGUCGGAAGAUGAGAAAAGACGACUGGAGGAAGAGUCUGCACAGCUGAAGGAGAUGUGUCGGAGAGAGCUGGAUAAAUCUGAGUCCGAGAUCAAGAAGAACGGCUCCAUCAUCGGCGAAUACAAACAGAUCUGCUCUCAGCUCAGCGAGCGACUGGAGAAACAGCAGACGUCCAACAGAGGAGAACUAGAGAAGAUUCGGAUGAAGGUGGAGGGCUGUGAGAAGUGCAGUAAUCUCUUCAGUAAGGAGGGCCGCCUGAAGGUGCUCAGUGCUCCAAAGGAGGGCAGCGAGGAGGACACAGACGAGGAGAAGGAAGCGCUGAAGAACCAGCUGAGAGAGAUGGAGCUGGAGCUCGCACAGACCAAACUACAGCUGGUGGAGGCAGAGUGCAAGAUUCAGGAUCUGGAGCAUCAUCUGGGUCUCGCUCUGAAUGAAGUCCAAGCGGCCAAAAAGACGUGGUUCAACAGGACAUUAAGCUCCAUCAAGACUGUGACAGGAGCUCAAGGCAAAGAGAGCGUGUAACCGAACCACACACUUCCAUAAACAAACAAAACAAAACACUCCAGCUCCCCAUCAUCCCCUUCGCUGGACCAGUGCGAACAACACUUUCUCUCUCCUUUUGUAUAAAACAAACUAAAGUUUAACUCUAGGGUACCAGCUACCCACCUUUGAAACACAAUACUUACUAAAGACAAGACUUUAAGGCUAGUCUUUCUACUACUGAUGCUAAACAAAGACGUGUAGCGACUGAGCGGGAGAUUAUAAUUUCUAUCUACUGUCCAACUCACGACUACUUGCACAAACACAGAGUCUGAGGAAACGGAAGGUACGAGUGAUGCCGGGAAACUAGCGGGACUUUCGUCAUUGUAUAAAAGAAAGCAAAUGUGUUGCAUGUGUCAGACUGAGAUCUGCUUUUAUUGUAUAGUGUGUGUGUGUGUGUGUGUGUUGGUUCUCAUUGGAAGACUAAAAACAGAAAUUGGACACUGUAUAUAAACUGUACAGUGAAGUUUUACAUAUUCCUCAAUGAACCACUAGAUGGCGCUCACCAAACGGUGUAUGAUGGGAUAGCAGUGUAAGCGAAAGGUCAUUUACAGUCGCCGUUCAUCCUGAAUUACAGAAAGCACUUAAGCAUUGAGCACAGGCUUUAAUGGGAAAGCACAUCUGGAGAUAAAUGAACCUGCGGCAAACACUGUGUAUGUAUGUAUGUAUGUAUGUAUGUGUGUGCGCGCGUGUAUGUAUGGGAAAGGUCUUUGCACCUUGCAGACAUAUUUAUAUUGAUAUCAGGCUUGCUGGAGUUAUUGUCAUUGUUAAAGAUAGCCCAUGUUCUCUGCAGGCCCUUCUAAUAGGCACUGGGAUGUACAUAAAAGCAUAUGUUUUCUGUUUUUUUGGAUUAAUUUUAUAUUUCGACUAUUUGGUAACUGUACUAAUGUUGCCUCCUUGUACUGUGCUACCAAUUAUUACUCAUGUUUUUUUUUUUUUUUUUGCUUUGGACUUCGAUUUCAAACUGCUGUCUUAUCAUUACAUGCCAAAUGUACCUUUUACCCAGCAUUACAUGCGUGUGGACAUGGUAAUAGUGUAGGAUGCAUUGUGUAAACUUCCAUGAGUUUCAGUAUAAAGCUAUGAACACGUGUC